AUUAUUCUCACCUCAAUCCAAAAACAUGUCUAAUUUCAUCUCUCUCUUCCUUCUCUUAUCCUCCUCCUCUUUCUUUACACUUAUUUCCGCCUCCGCCAUAGCUACGCCGCCACCAUUUACUGUUUCACCACCACUUCUUCCGCCGCCAACCGUCAAACCACCACUUGUUCCACCGCCAACCGUCAAGCCACCACUUGUUCCACCGCCAACCGUCAAGCCACCACUUGUUCCACCGCCAAGUACAGUCAAACCACCCACUCCUCCACCGCUUACAAAUCCACCGCCUCCAACUCCCCCUUCACCCAUUACAAAACCUCCCGUUGCCCCUUUACCACCGACCACCCCUGCACCCUGGAAACCACCUCCGGUUGCCGCCAAAGAUUGCGUCCCCCUUUGUGGAGGAAGAUGUAGUUUGCAUUCAAGAUUGAAUAUUUGCAUGAGAACAUGCGUCACGUGCUGUUACCGUUGCAAAUGUGUGCCGCCGGGAACCUACGGGAAUAGGGAGAAGUGCGGUAAAUGUUACACCGACAUGACAACCAAAGGCGGUCGCUCUAAAUGUCCUUAGAGAUCUCAUCGGCUUGGCUCGGCUUAUUUAAUAUUAAUUAAAUAGUACUGCCGCCACUAGUAUUAUAUAUUUUCAAUACUUGUCUACGGUCUUGUAUUGCACCUUUUUCAAUGACGACUUAAUUAAUUACUUUAUGUUUAAU